GCGCACUGACCCCAGCGGGCCCUAGCAACCAGAGCAGUGACGGUAGCAACCGCCGGAAUGGCGAAAGCAACAACAAUCAAAGAGGCCCUGUCCAAAUGGGAAGAAAAGACUGGUCAGAAGCCAUCUGAUGCCAAAGAAAUAAAGCUGUAUGCUCAGAUUCCCCCCAUUGAGAAGAUGGAUGCAUCUCUGUCCACACUCGGUAACUGCGAGAAGCUUUCCCUGUCUACAAACUGCAUUGAAAAAAUUGCCAACCUGAAUGGCCUAAAAAACUUGAGGAUUUUGUCCUUAGGAAGAAACAACAUAAAGAACCUAAAUGGACUGGAAGCAGUAGGAGACACGCUAGAAGAACUGUGGAUCUCCUAUAAUUUUAUUGAGAAGUUGAAAGGGAUCCAUGUAAUGAGGAAACUGAAGAUUCUCUACAUGUCUAAUAACCUGGUAAAAGACUGGGCUGAGUUCCUGAAGCUGGCCGAACUGCCAUGCCUGGAGGACCUGGUGUUCGUCGGCAAUCCCCUGGAGGAGAAGCAUUCUGCCGAGGGCAACUGGAUUGAUGAAGCUACCAAGAGAGUGCCCAAGCUGAAGAAGCUGGACGGUACUCCCGUAAUUAAGGAUGAUGAAGAGGAGGAAAGCUAAGACUAUACUCUCCAUUCUGUGUUAAUUUAUUUAAAUGUUAUGAGAAAAAUAGAUAAGUUUUGUAUAAUUGUCUAUUUUAAAGAUUUUGUGGGCAGAGUUCUUAUAAAACACAUCUCUCACUUCCAUCCUUAAAAAAAACCUAUUCAGUGUUUCUCCCUCAAACUAGUAGCACCAACUUUAGUCCAGUCCACCUUUGGAAACUACAAAUGUCCUGGUUUGUCCAGUUACUUAUGUCACCUGUCUCCUAGUAUUUACAGACCAGUCAUUUUUAACGGCAAGGGGACCUGUUAUUUGUACUCAGUUGCUUAGUAUUUUUUUAGCCCAGGCAUUUUAAAGAUAGACUUUCCCAUCCAUAGAAGGUUCAGACCCUUAUAACUCAGAAGCACAAAUGCAGCCCCUCUUUGCUUCAGAAGCAGCGUGGUGAUAGGACACAUUCCCAUUAGAACAUGGCGGCACCUAGAUGCAGGAGUCCAACAUCAGUUGGAAACACUGGUCAGAAAAGGAAGAAUGGCUGUCAUGGCGUCUUCUUGGCUCAUGGUCUAUUUUCUUCUUUUUCUAAAAAUGUGUGCACUGUCAGCUGGAAUUUAGGUUGUGCUACAUGGAUGGCUGCUGAAGUCAUUAUGUACAACCAGAGACCCCAUGGUCCCCAUCAGUGGCUAACGCAACUGGCAGGACCAUUCCUUGAUAGUACUGCAACUACAUCAACCCUUGUGGACCUUGCUUUAUGCAGAUUUUUAAAAAUAAUUUCUCAUGUGUUUAAAGCAGUAGUCAAUAGUCCUAAGUAUCUACCAUUGAGGUUUCUAAAACCUUUACCCUAAUGAUUUACACUGGUACCCUUUGCUUUAUAAGGGUAUACACUUAAAGACUGAUUUGGUACCUAUAGAUAAAUGAAAGAGUAUUUCAAAAUAUAUUUUUGAGAAGAUCUAAGUGAAACAGCUUUUAAAGUGUAUUGUGUAAGUGGUGUGGGGGAGAGAGAAGUGUUUUGGGAGGGACCCCAGGGAAAUGGCAAUACGUUGCAGAUUGUCUCCUGUGGAAUGCUGUAGGUGUCUUAACCUCAGAUCUGCAAAGCAAUAGACAAGUGUGAAGAUUAUUAUAAUUUAUCAUGUAAGAAAAAUAUUCUGAAAAAUGUAAAAUGUCAUCAGUACCAGAUGAAGUCUCUAGUGGGCCAUGUUAGAAUCACUGACUGAUUGCAGAGAGAAAGUCAGGAACCCCUGCCAAACUGUGCCUACAGUCUCAGCCAGAGGCUGCUGAUUCUGGUCCCCGUCUCCGUGUGUUUCUCCCUGUAAGUUAUCACAGUGAAGGGGGCAGAAUCUUUUUUUUUUUUAAUGAUUAUAUAAGUAGUCUUGGUUUGAGAACUUAUCAUUUCAGUAAAAGUGACUCGAUUUCUAUAAGAGUCACACUGGUCAGAAGGGACCACUGCUUUGACAAUCAAGUCUAAAUCCAUACUAGAAUGCCUGGGUGUGGGCUGGAGAGACAGCGCAGAGGCUAAGAGUGCCUGUUGCUCAGGAUCUGAGUUUGCUUCCCAGUACCCACGUGGAGGCUCACAGCCUCCUGGAACUCCAGGGGACCUGAUGCCUAUUCUGGCCUCCCUGGUGCCAGGUACACACAUGUUGCACAUACAUACAUGGAGACAAAACACUAAAUACAUAAUAAAUGUUUAAAGAAUAUCUAGUCUAAUACCUUAUACUCACUCCUUUUUAGCUUUUCUGAUGGGGAGAAACUUUACCCUGACUGGCUUAAACAUCAGAUUGGCAUUUCUCUUGUGAGCAACAGUGGUGAGACUUCCUUGGUGGUGCAGAAGGCCUAUAAGCUGAGGGGACACUGUUAUGGUUUCUUGUAGUUUACACAGGCAAGUCCUGUUACCACUGAUGCUGUGCUUCCUGAAAUGUACCUGGGAGUGAGGAUGAGAAGUGGAUGGCUUCACACUGGCUCUGUGAAGUGACUUACAGAUGAGUGUUUGUUUCCAAAUUCUGUAGUUGGGAAACACCCCUCCCCCAUUUCUUAAUGUCUUUUAAUCACUGAUGGUUCUCAGAGGUGUGCAAGGUGCUUUUCUGUGUCCAUUUCACACAAAAACAUUCUCAGCUCCUCGCCACAAAUAUUGGAAUGACUUUAAUAUGUCUGUUCCUGGAAUUAAAGCCAAAAUGCAUUCAAUUUGAAAGUGGAAGGCCAGCCUAGUCUACAGAGCAAGUUCUAGAAUGGCCAAGGCUACACAGAGAAACCCUGUCUUAAAAAACAAAAC